UGGAGAGCCACAGUGCGGCAGGAAAACCGCACCACGGCAUCGAGAGAGUGAAUAGAGAGGGGGGGGAUUGGUAAAUACAUAGGUUAUUCAUACAAGAAUACUUGGACAUAAGAAGGAGAAGCCAUCUGCUUCCAAAGAACCCAAAGAAUGGAAAUAUUUCUGUUUUCAUUGCAGCCAAGGAGCAGUUUUUCUUCUGAAAUUCAAGGAAACCUUCCCAGCCUGGUCCGCCGAAACCAAUUUUAAGUGGCAGACAUCAGAAUGGAUGAAAAACACCAGGACUAGCGACCCAUUGUGUCAACGAGACUAAAUAAGACGAAUAACCCGCAACCAACCCAGCAAUUUAUGACUGAAAGAGCCCGUGAAUAGUCUCAGGAAAUAUACCGUAUCCCACCAAUUUACAGCCGCUCAUUGUUUUCCAUAAAAUUCCAGUAGUGGGAUGCUUUCGCGUUGUGUUCCUGCUCCUUAGUGUCCAAGAAUACAGUUUAGGGUGAGAAAAAUGGGUGAAGUUCAGGACGUGAGGGAUGUUAAGAAGACCUUCGCUGCUCCAGCAAUAAAAUCUUUUGAGCACUAUGACUUCUCCCGGGCCAAAAUCUGUUGCAGCCUCACAUGGCUUGUGGCCAAAGCCUACGGGACAGACAGUGUCCCAGCAGACCUAAAGGACCCCUUCUACACAGACCAGUACGAGCAGGAGCACCUGAAGCCUCCUGUGGCCAGCCUCCUGCUGUCCGCAGAUCUCUACUGCAGGGCUGGCAGCCUCAUCCUGAAGAGCGACGCUGCCAAGCCCCUGCUGGGCCACGAUGCUGUCAUUCAGGCACUUGCCCAGCGUGGACUCUACAUCACGGACCAGGAGAGACUGGUCACUGAGAGAGACCUUCGAAAGAGGCCUCUGCAAAUGAGCGCUCACCUGGCGAUGAUCGACACUCUGAUGAUGGCGUACACCGUGGAGACGCUGAACGCGGAGAAGGUGAUGGCCUGCAUUCGUCAGUAUUCAUCCUGCGACCCUGACGUGGAAACUCCUUAUGACACAGAGGACGCAGUGACCACCUGGAUCAACAAGGUAAAUGACUGUCUGAAAGACAUUGUGACUCAGGAGCAGAAGAAGAGGGAGACGCAGAGUGCCGAGCCAGAUGGGAGUCCUCGGUCUCCAACCAAGUGGUACAUGAAGCUUGUGCCUGCUCGCUACAGGAAGGAGCAGGCCUCGACCCAGUUGGUUCCCUGGAUCCCCCCAGUGGACAACCUGCUGAAAGACAGCACAGACGGCUCGGCCUUGGCUGCUUUGCUGCACUUCUACUGCCCUCAGCUGCUACAGUUGAGUGAUGUCUGCCUGAAGGAGAACAUGACGCUGGCCGAUCGGCUCUACAACCUGCAGCUCAUACAGGACUUCUGCAAAGACAACCUGAACAGCUGCUGCCACUUCAGCCUGGAGGACAUGCUCUACGCUUCCUCUACCAUCAAGAAUAACUACCUGGUGUUCAUGGCCGAGCUGUUUUGGUGGUUUGAGGUGGUCAAGCCGUCUUUUGUGAAACCAAGAUUGCUGGACAACGAAUGCACAGAGUCCUCAUCCUUGUUGAAGAAUAUGCCAGCCAUCCCCAUCUCCAAGGCAACCAAGAGGAGCUUCAUGGAAAGACCCCCAAGUCCUGAAAGACCCAGUUUGCCUCUCCGACCCCAGCCUCGAAACUCAGGAGAGAUUAAGAGAUCAACUUCAAUGUCCUUUGUCGAUGGCAACCUCGGCACUUGGCCCAAAGAGAAAAGAUCUGGGCCUUAUGGAGUGUCUUUUGACAUCCCCUUUGACAAAGAGGACUCUGCUCCUGGCCCGCUUCCAUCCACACGUGGCAUGGUCAGAUCCAUCAGCACUGAUGAUGGUUCUGGUUUCAAGGUCCAACACCUGCCUCGUGGAAUGAAGCGUAACCUGUCCUUCCAGCCAGUGAAUGGUCAGAAUAUAGGCAUUGAGGAGGAAGGCUGCUCAGACAGCUUGGCUGCUAUGGAGCCUGACAGGAGAGUUUACCCUACUGGACCUGGAAGUGUCACAGGAACAACUCCUUCUAUGGAGGAAGCCCUCCAGAUUAUCCACAGCCCAAGUAGACCCCCACUGGAGGGGAUCAACAAUAGUUUCUUUCUACACAGUCAGGGCCACAGUGCUGGUGUGGGUGUGGAGCCACUGUCAGAGUUGGACUCCAAAGGGCCUCUGAGCACCACAGACACCACGGAGGUGGACACUGGCAUCCAUAUCCAAACAGAAGACAUGCUGGAUGAGGAUUCCUCUCUGAAAGACUGCUCAGUGAACAUGGACCUGGAUAUAGACAGCCCUAGCCCCUGUAGUCAGAGCAAAUCCCCCUCAGGUGUGAAGAUGACUAGCUUUGCAGAGCAGAAGAUGAGGAAGCACAAUUCAUCAGCGCCAGACUCAGGGAGAUGCAGCAGUAGCUCCCUCAAGACCACUCCUGAAGGCUCUGAGUUUGGCCUGCCAUUAUCUGUCUCCUGGGCCCCGACCCCUGAGCACAGCCCCAUCCAUCAACAAACCACUCCAACCCCCGCGGCCCAAGCAUUGCCCACACCUGUACAACUUCCACCCAACGAUCCCGCUCAGGUCAUGGCUACAGAGAUGGUACAGUUGAGGAUGAGGCUGGAAGAGAAACGUAAAGCAAUCGAAGCACAAAAGAAAAAAGUGGAGGCUGCUUUUACAAGGCAUCGACAAAAGAUGGGUCACUCAGCAUUUCUCAAUGUGGUAAAGAGAAAAGGAGAUGGGGCUGCUAGUGGAGAGGAAGGGGGAAAAAUCGAGGGAGAAGGGAAGGCAGCAAGCACAAGUCCCACAUUCAAAUUUGGGAGAGGCAAGGCGGACACACCUGAUGGGGCAGAGCAAAGCAGUACUGGUUCCUGUUGGACAAAGUCACCUGGUGCAGGUGAGGAAGGUGGGCAAAGUCAUGCCCAGCUAACUGAGGUAGAUCUCACCGAGUAUACGCGUUCUAUUGAGAAACUGAACCAUUCAUUAGCCUUCCUUCAGAAUGAGAUGCAACGACUGGCUCAGCAGCAGGAAGUGAUCAUGGCCAUGAGGGAGCAACAGCAUCAGCAGGCGUGGGUCAUCCCACCUCCCCAUACAAGCCCAUCACCACAGAAACACAGUCGAGCUGGACCUGUCGCUCGAUCCUCAGGACCCACUUCUCCUGCUGACUCCCCUCGCUCCACCCACCGUUCUCCAACCAACAUCAAACGCAAGUCUGCCUCUUUCCACUCACGUAAUCCUCGCACCACUCGUCCCAGUGAGCUGAAGCUGGCCCCUUACAAUCGAGUCCUAACUGCCCCACAGUCUGUCGAUAGCAUCCCCAGGUUACGGCGAUUUUCUCCCUGCCAGCCUUUAGCAAGUUCCUUUGUUUACAUGGGGGAGAAACCUGCAACCACCAGUACAGUGACAGUACCCUCAGACGGAGAUAAAAUCAAGGAGAUGGAGUCACACCUUUCCCCGGAGAGAGAACUUUCCAGUAUAUGUGUAGCCAAGUCAGAGCCCAGCUCCCCCAACCUGCGGAACAAGAAAGAGCAAAAACUUGAAUGCCAAACCAAGGAAACAGAAGUUCACAGCCAAUCUAAGGUCACUGACACCAAAACAGAUGAACAGAAAGUUCAGAAGUCGGUCACAGAUUUCAAACCUACCAUAGAGUCAUCAUUUCCUGAGGUUCUGGCCCACCCUGUGGUAGAGACCUUCACAGUGACACCCACAGAGAUUCCUCCCCAGCCAGAAGCCCCCAACCCAGUCAAGAGCAGCUUAAUUGAGGUUCCUCUGUCCAUUGUGAAGCCAAUGGAGGAUCUGAACCUUGAUGAUGGUUUGGAAAUGCAGCAGGAUAAUGUGGAAGGCUCGGAUUACGACCAGAAGAUGUGUCGUGGUUUCUUCUUCAAGGAGGACGGAAAAGCCGAGGAGAACAUGGCUCAGAAGAGGGCCGCGCUCUUGGAGAAAAGGAUGAGGAGGGAAAAAGAGAGCCAGCAGAAGAAGAUGCAGCUGGAGGCUGAGUUGGAGCAGAAGAAGGAGGAAGCUCGACUGAAAGCAGAGGAGGAGCGCAUCAGGAAGGAGGAAGACAAAGCCAGGAGGGAGUUCAUCAAGCAGGAAUAUCUCAGGAGGAAGCAGUUAAAACUGAUGGAGGACAUGGACACUGUCAUUAAACCUCGGCCUGCUGGCAGCGCCAAGCAGAGGCGAGGCCGCCCCAAGUCCAUCCAUCGCGACAGCAUAGACUCCCCCAAAACCCCUGUCAGAGCUGCCACAGGUUCACGCCAACGUGUCUUUUCAGUCUCCAGCUUGUCCCUUGCAUCCCUCAACCUGGGAGACAGCGACAGUGUUCACUCUGAGAAGAGAUCGCCCAGGCCAGAUUCUGCAGAUGGCUUCCUGUCCCCGAGUCGCUCCAGCAGCAGGAAUGGAGAAAAGGACUGGGAAAAUGGAUCCACAACCUCCUCUGUUACAUCUAACACAGAGUACACUGGACCAAAGCUGUACAAGGAGCCCAGUGCCAAAUCUAACAAGCACAUCAUCCAGAACGCUUUGGCCCACUGCUGCCUCGCAGGCAAGGUUAAUGAGGGGCAAAAGAACAAGAUCCUGGAGGAAAUGGAGAAAUCGGAGGCAAACAAUUUCUUGGUUUUGUUUCGAGAUGCCGGCUGCCAGUUUCGCUCUCUCUACACUUACUGCCCCGAGACAGAGGAGAUCAACAAACUGGCAGGCAUUGGCCCCAAGAGCAUCACACGCAAGAUGAUUGACGGCCUCUACAAGUACAACUCGGACAAGAAGCAGUUCAGUCAAAUACCAGCCAAGACCAUGUCAGCCAGCGUGGAUGCUGUGACGAUCCACAACCACCUCUGGCAAACCAAGAAGCCAGCCACCCCUAAAAAAGUAGUGCCUGCCCAGUCCUAAUGGAACUCAAUACCUUUACCAUCUCCCCCCCAAAUGGAACUUAACCAUUUCAAUUUGCACUUCACUGUACAAAUCCAUGAAGAUUCAAGCACCUGCAAUGCCAGUUAGAUAGAAUGCAUCUUUGUCUUCUUUGUGUUUAGAAGAUUUUCCCUCUCAUUGCAUUCCUGUCUUUAGUUUUCCAAUUUACUUUGGACUGGACAUGAUAGGACUCAGAGAUUACGAACAACUGGAAUGUAUGCCACUGUUAAAGAAUGAUGUAAAUGCUUCUCACUUUCGUGUUUUUAGAGAUUGUCACGUUUGAGUCAGUUCAUGAAUGCUCAUGUGAGUAAUGGUUUUGUUUCCUAUGUGGUUGCCAAACUUUUAAAAUGAGACAGUAUGAAUGCUAUGACAUUUUAUUUGGUACACUAAAGCACUGAAUGUUUUUAA